AUGAUGCGCUUCUUGCGAGCCGUGGCUCCGGAUACGGUUGGAAUCUUCCGGAAAAGUGGUGUGCGCUCGCGGAUCAGCGAGCUUCGUAUGCUUUGUGAUGCUGCUCCGGAAACGGAAGUUUUUUCGGAUGGUAAAGAUCUUGAUCCAACUCAGGUUAGUUGA